UCUGGUCUUCGAGCUUUUCCUCAUAAAAUUUGAGAGCCAACAAUGCCAAAUUGCCCGCGUUGCCAGAAAGCUGUGUAUUUCGCCGAACGAGUGACUUCAAUUGGUUUCGACUGGCAUCGUCCAUGUCUUCGUUGUGAGAAUGAAGCAUGCAAGAAGACGUUGGCAGCUGGAAGUCAUUCGGAGAGAGAGGGCAAGCCAUACUGUAACCGAUGUUACGGAGCUUUGUUCGGACCACGUGGAUACGGCCACGGUGGAACCGAGUCACACACGUUUCAUCAAGGACAAACUGGACAGGUUUAAGCCAUCAACUGCUUCUCCACGUUCAAUCAGUCCUCAUUCUAUCCGCAACAGUAGAAUUCUCGUACCCACACGCCACAUCGUCACCUACUACUGAUUUUAAUAUUCGUUUUUUUGCCUCUUUUUUCGAUAUUUCGAAAAGAAAUUGUGUCUCUACGACAUUCACAUUCCCCCACUCAAACAAUUCGACAUAAUAAAGUUUAUUGAUAG